AAAGUGGCUAGUGAAGGGAAAUGCAUUACAUUUGGAUUAGAAAUUAAAUCUCUGACGAAAUUUCGCGGUGGAAGAAUGUGCAACUUUUCUUUUGUAAAUAAAUAAUGAAUAUCAGAAGUUUAGAAGUGGGCACAUCUUAAACGAAUGUCUAUGCUGCAGGCUUUCACAAAAACAAAUGUUCGCUUUGUGGAUAGACUUGAGCACCCUUGCACUGCAUUAGUCGAUUACUUGUCAACAAGUAAAAAGAACAAAUACGCAUUGUACAUACAUAUGUAUGCCUUAUGUAGACGCAGAGUUUGUUUUUUUUGCAAGAAGACACUCAAGAAGGGAUCGUCUGAAAAAAAAACUCGCCCAUAUUUAUUAGUUAAGUAGUAUCCUGUUCUGCGCUCAAUAUGGAACAAGUGAUAGAUGUCGGUUGCGUUAAGGAGGAGCAAUGUGAGGUAAUGUGCAAUAUGAUAAGAGCACAGGAUUGGCAAUUGGCGAUGAGACACAGGGACUUAGGACUUGUCAAGAUUGAACAGGAAAUGAAUAUUGCGUGGCCAGGGACAAACAAUGCAACUGAAGAGAUUAAAGAGUUAAAUUUGGAGAAGAUAAAAAAAUACAAUAAUAAUGUGAAAUCGCAGUUUACUGUAGCUGCUAUCAAUAAACCUUUCAAGUGUUUACAUUGCGUUAAGGACUUCGCCACCAGCAGCAACUUAAAGGUCCAUCUGACUCGUACUCAUUCUGGAGAUCAAGAACGUCCUUUUGUGUGUCCGAAUUGUCCAAAGUCAUUUGCGACAAAUGAUAAUCUCCAGAAGCAUAUUCGCAGGCAUUCAAAUGAACGAACACUACAUUGUCCCCACUGCCCAAAAGCUUUUGCUACCAAGGAUAACUUACAGAAACAUAUUCGCAGGCAUUCAAACGAACGGACACUAGUUUGUCCACAUUGCCCGAAAGCAUUUGCCACAAACGACAAUCUUCAAAAGCACAUCCGUCGGCACUCAAGCGAACGUACGCUGCAAUGUCCACACUGCCCAAAAGCUUUUGCGACCAAUGAUAAUCUCCAUAGGCACAUUCGUGGUCACACAGGUGAACGGCCUUUUAAGUGUCCCUAUUGUCCAAAACCUUUUGCGCAAAAUAGGGAUCUGAAAGCGCAUAUCUUGGAGCAUAUAGGUGAAAAGCCCUUUAAAUGUCCACAUUGUCCAAAAGCUUGUGUGCGGAACGAGGGAUUAAAGAAGCAUAUACUGCGACUACAUAAGGAUGUAGAGCCGGAACAUUCGACAGUGAAUGGUUUUCCAAAACACUGCUGGCAAGCAACAAAGGAAGCUACAUACAUUAAUGAUUCCAGCGGCAGAAUUCUUAUGUGCAAAUAUGAUUUAUUAAAAAAUUCGACACUGAUGCCCACAGACGAGGCGUAGUUAUUUGAAUGCUCCAAGCAGAGACUUGGGGCACGGAAUCUUGAUCUCAGUGAAACGGUUUUACAACUUAUUCUCGCAGAGCGAAAAUCUGGCAGUUUAACAAGGGAAAGCAUGCAAUAGUUCGAUUCAGCAGCCGCCAUGAUUAAUAAAAUACUUCAGUAAAAUGGCUAAAUUCUUAACAAUACGCAUAAGCUUACGUAUAUUUUUUUAUUGGGCAUCGAAAUUCAAAGCUUUUCUGGAUUGGUUUGCGUUAAGUUCAUUUCGGAAUACUUAGGUAUCAUUUUAAAUAGUCUGUUCCCAUAAAAUAUCUAAAUGUUUUGUAAUAUUGCUGUUGCAAAAUAAUCCUUGGAACUUUAAAAUAAAACAAAUCGUUUCUCAAUCUUUCAUA